GGGGCGGCAACGCCCGCAGGGAAGCCUGGACCAUGCUGGCCUGCCUGCAGAGGACCCAGAACCCCCCAGCCCAGCACCUCCCCUGCCCCAACAAGGCGCUGGAGCCACGCAAGUGCGAGACGGCCCCCAUGCAUUCCCCGCGCUACCCCAGCCCCGCCGAGCUGGACGCCUACGCACAGAAGGUGGCCAACAGCCCGCUGACCAUCAAGAUCUUCCCCACCAACAUCAGGGUCCCCCAGCACAAGCACCUUAACCGGACGGUGAACGGCUACGACACCACGGGGCAGAGGUACAGCCCCUACCCCCUGCACGCCGGCGGCUACCAGGGGCUGCUGGCCAUCGUCAAAGCCUCCGGCAAAAGCGUGGUGAAGAACUCGGAGGGGAAGCGGACUAAGCUCUCGCCCGCCCAGGUGGGCGUCGCUCCCUACCCCGCCUCAAGCACUUUAGCUCAAGGUCCCUCCUGCGCCGGGCAGCUGAGCUACCACGGCGGCCAGAAGCAGCUGGAGGGUCCCGUGCCCCCCAACGUGACGGUGGCGGCCUCGGUGCUGCCGCUGGCGGGCAGGAGCCUGGCCCUGCCUCCCUCCAACCUGCCCUCCAUCCAGAGCAUCAUCUACCAGAUCAAUCAGCAGUGCCAGGCGCAGGGUGCCCAGCCCGGCUGCCCGGCUGUGGUGGCAGCCCACCCCAGCCCGGCCAAGCACGGCGCCUUCGGCCCCGGCUACGGCGGCACCGUCCUGCCCGAGUGCCGCAAGGGCGCCGAGCUGGCGCUGGGCUCCAACCCGGCCGCCGCCCUGGGACCCAAGGCGGGCGUUUACCCCGAGGGCAUGGACUACCUGGUGUGGCAGCAGAAGCAGCAGCAGCAGCACCUGCGAAUGUACAGCGGGGGCAGCGGCGGCGGGGGGGCUCUCAGCAAAUCCCCCGAGACGUGCGCGGGCGCCUCGCGGCCCUACGGCCUGGGCGGCGCCGCCGACAAGGUGAGCUCGUCCCCCUUGAACUGCAUGCACGGCAACUUCGCGGUGGGGCAGUACUUCGCUCCCCCCUGGAACAGCAUCCUGGUGACCCCCAACAGCGACUGUUACAACCCCCCGGAGCUGGGGGCCGGGCCCCGCGAGCUGGGGGUGCCCCCGGCCGAGGGGCUGCCCAGCAAGACCCUCUGCAAUACCUCCAUCCUCAGCAGCAGCCUCCAGUCCCUGGAGUAUCUCAUCAACGACAUCCACCCGCCCUGCAUCAAGGAGCAGAUGCUGGGCAAGGGCUACGAGACCGUGUCUGUGCCAAGGCUCUUGGACCACCAGCACGCCCACAUCCGCCUGCCCGUCUACAGAUAAGGGACCGAUGCUGCUCUUCCCAAACCCAGGGCGAGGACUUUGGCGCGAGCUGCGGGCACCGGACCGCGGCAGCGAGGGCAGGGGGACAGGGAGGGGGACGCGGGGUCGGCGGCCGAAAGUGCUCCCGGGACGCUGGCAUUGCACCGGGGUCCCCAGACUGGACACACCCGCGACCCGCUGGAAGCCGAGGCCGAAGGACCGCUUGUCUAUAUAGCUCAGAAAUCAUUUUAUCUCCACGAAUGUGAACAGGGAAUUGCUACGAGUUGCUGCUAUCCAGGGAGGGGAGGCUCUGCUGCGCUGGCGGUGCCCAGAGCGGGGCAGAGCCCGGUGUCGUGGCCGGCUGGGAGGCUCCAGGGUGGGUCUGGGAGGCUCCGUGGUGGCCAGGGCUGAGCUGGCAGCUGUCCAGGAGGCUCCGUGGUGGCCAGCCCUGGCACGGCAGUGGCUGGGAGGCUCAGUGGUGGCCAGUGCCAGCCUAGUGGUGGCCGGUCCCAGCCCGGCGUGCGGCCGGUGCGUGGCCGCAGGGAGCUGGCGCCUGACCUGUAGCUGAAGUCCGUAACUUGCACUGCUUUGAUUAAAGCUAAUAACUGGGGACAGUCUGGAGGCUAUUUAAGAAAAACACUUGAAAACUUGAACAGUUUUUUUGGUUUUUUUAAUUUUGGUUUGUUUUUGU